AUGUUUGGUGUGGUUGAAUUCGGAGAGUGGAAGUUGGCGAUCGACUGUCACAUGGGGCAUCGGACUUGUGAAGCUGGAUUGUCCAUAGUCACGAUGGACACGAAGCCCAUCAAGGUUGCGCCGCUUACACUUGCCUCGACCUCAUUCAGGUUCAACGGGGAAAGUGAAGCCAGGCCACCAGAAGAGGGUGCCCACACAGGAAAGAGCUACGCAGCGUGGAUAGACGGUGGGGUCGUCGGGACCGAGUCCGGCCUCGACCGCGCCGACGACGCCUCGCGCGUCAUCCUCUUCGCCCCGGGCGCCCUGUACGAAAUUCUUCCCCUCUUCGUCGCCGAGUCGAGCGACUGCCCCCGGUACUCGCCCGACGCCGUCGACGGCGGCGUUGUCGCCUGGCCCAUCUCCCACUCGCGCCCCAACCUCAGGGAAAAGAAGAGGGACAUCGAGAUUGUCAUCAAGGCCCAAGUCCUCAAGGCCAAUGAGCCGGCCGCCAAGGCCGACGCCGACGCUGAGCCUGAGGCCAAGACGGUGACCAAGGAGGAGCUGUGA